AGGAAAAGCCUCUCGAUGCCACCAAAGAAGAAUAGGCAGACCACUUGGGUUACGCUUUUCGUUGCGAUUGGCUCAAUUGGAUAUGGAUAUGCUGCAAGUAUUAUCGGACAAGUCUUGGGACAGCCCCAGUUCUUUGAGAGUUUCAAUCUCGCCCAAGAGGGGCCAGGGCUUGGUUACACAAAUGCCAUCAUAGGUGCUAUGAACGGGAUAUUCUUCGCUGGUACAACUCUCGGCUGUCUGUUCAUUGCCUGGACAGCAACUGCAUUUGGUCGACUUCGCACUAUCCAGAUAGCAUCAUGCGUCUGCAUAUUCGGAGCAGCGUUGAUGGCCGGCUCAGUCAACAUCCCAAUGUAUCUCGCUUCUCGCUUCAUCAUGGGAUGGGGAGUUGGUAUGCUUGUUUGCGGGAUUCCUCUCUACCAAGCAGAACUCUCGCCUCCACAAAGCCGUGGAUUCCAUGUCGGCCUUCACGGCUCAGGACUAGGCUGCGGAUACUCCCUUUCGGGCUUCACUGGAUUCGGCUGUUUUUACGCAGCUAAAUCAUCAUUUCAAUGGCGUUUUCCAUUCGCGCUUCAGCUCGUACCGAUGUUAAUUCUCCUUUGCGGAUCUCUUUUCCUCCCAGAAAGUCCUCGAUGGCUUUUGAGCAACGAUCGCAAAGAAGAAGCAUGGAAAGUAAUCCAAAGGCUGCAUUCCGACCCGAACGAUGCCAAUGACACAUUCGCCAAAUCAGAAAUGUACCAGAUGACGGAACAAUUUACUUUGGACCAUGGUAGAAUGCAAACCCUCGGGAUCACCAAAUGGUGGCAUUUCUUCCAGCAACCCAAUUACAGGAAGAGAUUGGUGGUUGGCGUUGGAGCGACGUUGACUGUAGCCUGUUCAAUGAACCUGGUUAUGAAUAAUUACCAAGUCCAUAUCUACAAUCAGCUUGGCCUACACGGUGGCAUCCCAAUCCUCUUACUGGCAAUUUGGAACGUUUUUGGGAUGCUAGGUAACAUGAACGGUGCAAUCCUCCUCAUGGAUAGAUUCGGCCGGAAAAAUGUCUUUAUGCUUGGCAUCGCUUCUACCGCCGCAUGUCUCGCAGCGGAAGCGGCUCUGACUAAGUACUUCGUUCAAACCGGCUCUACCAAUCGUGUUGGUCUAGGCUUUGGUGUUUUCUUCAUCUUUUUAUAUGUCGUUUUCUUUGCAAGCUGCAUGGAUGCUCAGCAAUAUGUCAUUGUCUCCGAAACGUUCCCCAUGGAAUUUAGAAGUAUUGGGGUGGCGAUCAGUUUGGCGGCUCAGUACUGUGCGGCUGCGUUGUUCGUUGGAGUUGCACCGAUAAGUUUUGCCAACAUUGGGUACCUAUUCUACGUAGUGUUUGUGUGCUUAGAUGUGUGCACCUUCUUCCUCGUCUGGAAGUUCAUUCCCGAAAUGAAAGGACUAUCACUGGAGGAAAUCAACGAGCUGUUUGGUGACCCCGUGGCAGUUCAUAUCACGCAUGCCGAUAAACAAGAGACGGAGGAGAUUGAUAGGAGGAUUGAAAAUUUCGAUAUCAAAUCCGCAGAUCUCGGGGAGGACACCCCACCAGCGCGCGUGGAAGAUAGUCGUGAACAGAAAGUAUGA